GACUGUCCAUUGGGUCUGCAGGUGUGCACCUGAAUCCAGCCGAAUACUCUGCACAUCCAGACUCUCAUCUGGACUGUAAGAUGAGCGAUUCGGACCUCUUUCCCGCCAUGGAAGACUUCUCAGAUGUUAAUUACCUCACAGAGAACACAAUAUGUAUGAUCCUGAGUUUCUGCGAGGAGAAAGGGGACUACUCGGCUCUCGUACGCGUCAUCGGCAGGAUUUUCUCCAAUGCAGAGGCCUUGAUUAAGAGUUUCAGGAAGGACGAACCCAAAACUACAGAAAACCUUGACUCUUUAGAAGCAACAGAUGUGGAGAAGCAUAAGAAGCCAAGUGAAGAAACCUCAGAAGAAAAGGGUGCUUCCUCUGCAGCUGCUUUACCAGACGAAGGUGUUAAUGAAACGUUCGACCCCUGUGAGGUCACCGUGGACAUAGACGCCGUGCGGAGAGUCUACGACAGACUUCUAGGACUCGAACAGGUUGAGGCCGCUCUCGUAAACGCAAUAAUUUACCUCACUCCGAACAUGGAGCUUGACCUGGAAUACCUUGACGUGUACGAAACAAACCCAGAUUAUCUGAAUAUCUUCCUCAUCGUGCUAGAAAACAGCAACCUGCACAGCCCCGAGUACCUGGAAGUGGCGUUGCCGCAGUUCUGCAAAGCGAUGAGCAAACUUCCAGUGACAGCGCUCGCCAGACUCUCGAAGCUCUGGUCCGUGUACGGUCUCUCGCACAUCCGCCGUAUGAUGGAAACCUUCCAACAGCUCAUCACUUUCACAGUCAUCAGCAACGAAUACGACAGCGAAAAUCUGGUGAAUGAUGACGAGACUGUGGUCACCGCGACGCAGUGUUUAAAGGUUGCCUUCUACGCCAGUAUCCUGGGUGGUGACCUGAACUUGGAUCACAACGAGGAGGAGGACGACGACUCGGAGUCCGAUGAGCUCACCCUGCACGAGCUGCUCGGUGAGGAGCGGCUCUACAAGAAGGGUCCUCGGGUCGAUCCUCUGGAGAAAGAGCUGGGUGUCCGACCUGUGGACAGCAUUAAACCCCUCAUCCCGUUUGAGGAUUUUGUCAACGAGUCAGUGAACGAGGUGGUGGAGAUGGACAAGGAUUUCACCUUCUUCAAGGUCAACGCCGAAACCAAGUUUUCUUUCCAGAGCUGCCCCUUCAUCCUCAACGUGAUCACCAAGAACCAAGGAUUAUACUACGACAACAGGAUCAGGAUGUACAGCGAGCGGCGGCUCACGGCCCUCUACAGCAUGGUCCAGGGCCAGCAGCCCAACCCCUAUCUGAAGCUCAAAGUACGCAGAGAUCACAUCAUCGACGACGCCCUCGUCAGA